UUUAUAUCAUACCGUGACACUACCACCCAUUGUCUAUACACCUUGAUGUUCAAAAUACAGAACUGUCUAAGACACCAGCGAAGGGGGCUCUUGACGAGACGCUCCCAAUCCGUCACGGCUUCGGGUCUCACCCCAGUUCACAAUGCCCUCUCCCGCAUCCAGAGUCUUAGCCCAGGGUCCGAGAUCACAUUCACACAGCUUCAGUCGCUUACAGAGGAGCUUCUCAGCAUGCAACAAAGUGAUACAAUACGCCUCGCCGCGUUAGAACCAUUGAUACGCCCUCACCGCGCACAGUUUUUGGAGUUUAUCCACGCCAAAUACAAGACCAUGUUCGCGGCCAAGCGCUUGGGCGCGAUUCUUGCAGAGCAGCGCGUCGAAGAGGCCCAUCCCGAAACCAAAAUCCUGCGCAAUAUCCACCAGUUGGAGCCCUUUAUCCUCAGUCAACCCUCCAUCGUGCUUGACUUUUUGCGUGAGGAGUUUCCUGAAAAGGGUACCGAAAUGGUGAGGUUUAUCCAUAAGGCACGCUCUUUGAAUGCGCUAGAUGUAGCUUAUUUGCUGCCGUUGAUCCUGCCACACUACUACGAACUUGCUCGUCUCCUCCGUGAUGCCUGUGGGAGUGGGCCCGUAUCUCCCUCCAUGGCACACAACCUCGCACUCAUGGCAGUUCUCCACAAUAACCUGUCACAGCAAGCAUUUGCGCUCAUACACGAUGCUCUAGCGGAGAAAAUUCCCCUUGACCAGUCCCUCUUGGAGUCGUUUUUUGCCUCGCUAGUAGGGAGCAGCUUGGAUGCAGCUUUCACACUCCUCCAGUUGUUGCAUUCACACAACCUCCAUCACCUCACGUCACACAAUUUAAAUCUGUUUUUGGCAGAGGCCGCCUCGCAAAGCCAAUUUGAGAAAGUCCUAUGGGUGUGGAACAAAUGCGUGAAAAAGGGCUGGCUCCAGGUGGAAAACGGCUCGCUUAUGGCCAUUGCCAAAGCAGCCAACCGUCUCGGGAAAACCACGUUUGUGAAGGAAGUGUACCAACACUACAUUGUGCACCAGCCUCACCCCCCAUCCUUCAUUGCCCAGGCCUCUAGUGUGAGCGAGAACCUUCUGGAACUCUACGCAUUCAAGAAAGAAGUGAUGAUAUACCGUGUGGAAGACGCGGCCCGGUGGGAAAACCAUCGCUCUGUGUUCAAGAUCUUCAACGAGAGCUAUCACGAGCUUCCGCGCGACGUCAAAGACAGUUUGCGUGUGGCAGACUUUCCACAUUUUAUCAACUUGCUCGCCAAGCGAUACAAGGAAGAUUACUAUCAGAAAACCUACGGUUCGUCUCUUGAAGAGGUGAUGAUGGGCAGAUGGCGGAUGGCUCGCAUCAUGUUCAACCUCAACAUCGUGGCGUUGAUCAAGGCCGGUCAGGUCCAUUACGCUGUGGACCUCGUCAAGAAGUUCAGGGGGCUCGCGUGGAUCCGUAUUGACAAUGAGACGUUUUUCUACUUGCUCAAGGCUUGCCAGCUCCAGGAAAAAGACGACUUGUUUCUCAUCGUGUUGCAGCUCAGGCGCCAGUCCUUCCGCCGCGUCAAGCUCAACUACAAUACAUACGUCGUGUUAUUCCACUACUUUCUCCGCAACCGUGACCUCGCGCUCUGUGAACUCUACCUCCGCGAGUUUGUUCUGAGCGGCUUCACCGUCGAUCUGUACUUGGAGACGGUUUUGGGGAGCGAAAGAGAGUUGUUGAUGAAGUACAAGUAGCUGGGCGGGUGCUCAUAGGAGAAGGUUAUGCAUAAACCGCCUUUGAAUCGCAAUAUCUGUAAAUAGAACGAAAUGGUAAAGAUUGGUAAUUACUGUGGUAGAAUUGGCUUAUAAAACCGCGACAAUGGCA